AAGGUUUGGAUCGUACUGUUGUUAAUGUUUAUUUGUAAAUGAUGUAUAAUGAUCUUUCAUCCAAAUUUUCAGGAAAUUCAAGACGUAUCUAUUAUACUUGAACAAGGUGUGGCCAAUGAUCAAAUACAUAUACCAGUACGUCCAUUAGAAGAGAUUAAUUUGCAUGAUCACGCAAUAAUGAAUGUUAGUGGUGUCAGUGAACAAAAUGAUAAUGCCAGAAAGAAACUGGAAUUUGCAGUCGAUGGGAUAAGCUUGGCAAGACCAACUAACUCAAGACCCAAAGGAAGAACAAUAAAGGGGAGUGAAGAAAGGGUUAUUAAAUUGGGAGCAAAAGGUACAAAGAAAAUGACCAGGAAAUGUCAGAAGUGUGGAAUUGCUGAUGGUCACAACAGUAGGACAUGUUUGUCAAUGGAGGAAAAUAGACAAAGGUUGGCAAGCCUUGCUGGACGUAAGAGAGGACGACCUCCAGGAUCUAGGAACAAGGGUGGCAGUAAAGCUCCUGAUUGGAAUGAGACAACAACAUCUAAAAAACACGCAAAUGAGUUCGAUAGUAGUGAGUCAGACAGUGAUUAGAAUAUUGUAUGAGAUACGAUUAAUUUGUUUACAAUAAACCUUGCUUGUUUGGCAACUGAUUUAUAUAGAGGUGGAUAUUGAAAUCUAAUAAAUGGUGCGUAUAUUGCU